CCCCCGUAGCGCGUCGUUAGGCUCGAAUGCUAAGGCGGGAGUGCGAGCGGGAGUACGAGCGGGAAUGCUCCUGCUAGUCCGCCCGGCGGAAUGACCCAGUCGGUGGUCGUACAGGUCGGACAGUGCGGGAACCAGAUCGGCUGCUGCUUCUGGGACCUGGCACUGAGGGAGCAUGCUGCGGUCAACCAGAAAGGAAUUUAUGACGAUGCAAUAAGCAGCUUCUUCAGGAAUGUGGACACCAGAGCGGUUGGGGAUUGUGGCAGCAUUUCCAAAGGAAGGAUAUCUUCUUUGAAAGCACGGGCUGUUUUGAUUGACAUGGAGGAAGGAGUGGUGAACGAAAUUCUCCAGGGCCCACUGAGGGACGUGUUUGAUAGCAAACAGCUCAUCACGGACAUCUCUGGCUCAGGAAAUAACUGGGCUGUGGGUCACAAAGUUUUUGGAAGUCUUUACCGGGAACAGAUUCUAGAGAAACUCCGGAAGUCGGCAGAGCACUGCGAUUGCCUACAGUGCUUCUUCAUCAUCCACUCCAUGGGAGGAGGAACAGGCUCUGGACUUGGCACAUUUCUGUUAAAGGUGCUUGAAGACGAGUUCCCAGAGGUGUACCGGUUUGUGACAGCAGUUUACCCUUCCAGCGAGGACGAUGUCAUCACCUCGCCUUACAACAGCAUGUUGGCCAUGAGGGAGCUCAGUGAGCACGCUGACUGCGUGCUGCCCAUUGACAACCAAUCUUUAUUUGACAUCAUUAGCAAAAUUGAUCUUGUGGUAAAUUCUGGAAAGUUGGGCUCAGCUGUGAAGCUUAAGAGUCUCAUUACUUCAAACACCGGGCCCGUUAAAAAGCGCCACAAGAAACCCUUCGACGCCAUGAACAACAUUGUGGCGAAUCUGCUCCUCAGCCUGACAAGCUCUGCGAGGUUCGAGGGCUCCCUGAAUAUGGACCUGAAUGAGAUCAGCAUGAACUUGGUGCCCUUCCCACAGCUUCAUUAUCUCGUGUCGAGCCUGACCCCGCUGUACACGCUGGCAGAUGUUAACAUUCCUCCCCGGAGAUUGGAUCAGAUGUUUUCAGACGCCUUUAGUAAAGGCCACCAGCUCCUCCAAGCAGACCCCAGACAUGGUCUCUACCUCGCCUGUGCUCUCAUCGUUAGAGGGGAGGUACAAAUUUCCGAUCUCCGCAGAAACAUUGAAAGAUUAAAACCCGCCCUGCAGUUUGUGUCCUGGAAUCAAGAGGGCUGGAAGACGAGCCUGUGCUCUGUCCCUCCUGUGGGCCACCCGCAUUCACUGUUAGCUCUGGCGAAUAACACAUGUGUGAAGCCGACCUUCCUGGAGCUGAGGGAGAGGUUCAUGCGGCUCUACAAGAAGAGGGCUCACCUCCAUCACUACCUGCAAGUCGAUGGGAUGGAGGAAAGCACCUUUACGGAAGCCGUGUCCUCUCUGACAGCGCUCAUACAGGAGUACAGUGACCUGGAUGCCACAAAGAGCAUGCCUGUGCCAGAUGUGCCCAGGCUGAGCGUGGCCUCGUGAGGGAAGAAGCCGAGCAAUGCAACGGUUACUUUUUUCUGAUUCUCACCCAGUUUCGUCCCCUUUCUGUUUCAGCACUUUUUCUGACUCAGAAAGCCCAAUUUGUUUUCCACAGUAUCGGGAAGUAUUUUAUCUAGAAUGGUGGUUUCUAUUUUAUUACAAUUGUUUAUACCAGUG